AAACAAAUAUGGUAGUGUUUGUCAUGUGAAAAACAAUUGUAGCUCCAUUUCUGCAGUUGUAUGUUGAAUGAAGCAAACUAAAAUGCAUGAAAUAUGAAGUGUAUAAUGUAGGGGACGAAAAAAGUACCCAAAAUACUUUCCACACAUGGAAUUUGCCAUUAUUUGUAUUCUUCAACUGACUUCCACAUAUCCAGCAGGAGUAAUAUAUUAUCACUAAACGUCAAGUAUCCAAUUUAGCCUUCAGUUAUCAAUGUUUAUUUUAAUUGUCAAAAUACCAGUCUAACCUUUUCGGAAAAACAAACAACCCAGCGCUAAAGUAAACAUUGAUGAGGGCUUUUAUUUGGAAAAUCCUUCCCAUUCGCCCAUGCUUGGCUUCACAAUAAAAGAUAUGUGGAUGUAAAUGAGGGUCGUACAACUGAACCGCUUGUCCGAUUUGAACACCUUCUCUAAAAGUGCCCGCUUCCUUCCUCCUGGCGUGUUGUACUUUUUAGUUUGUAAAAUGUGUGUUUCCGUGUCCUAGCAGUGAGCAUGCUAGGCUAGGCUAUGUUAGGCUAGCUCCACAGAGGCUGGCGCUAUGGUACAGUCUGUUCUCAUGCUCGACCGGAAGUUGGAGCGCUCUAACAGGAAGCCUAUCGGGAUCCACGUCGCCAAACUACAAUCCACUCAUCUCCACAGACCGGCGGAGGCGACGACUAGCUGGGCAUUAUCAGCACACACUGCUCGAUUAAAGUAGAAACAUGCCUCUGCGCUUGGACAUCAAGAGAAAGCUGACAGCUCGUUCUGACCGCGUGAAGAGCGUGGACCUGCAUCCCACCGAGCCAUGGAUGGUGGCCAGUCUGUACAGUGGCAGCGUGGUGGUGUGGAAUCACGAGAACCAGACCCUGGUGAAAACCUUUGAGGUGUGCGACCUGCCUGUCAGAGUGGCCAAGUUUGUUGCCAGGAAACACUGGGUGGUCGUGGGAGCAGAUGACAUGCAGAUCCGUGUGUUUAACUACAACACGCUGGCCAGGGCUCACAUGUUCGAGGCCCACGCCGACUACAUCCGCUGCAUCGCUGUGCACCCCACACAGCCCUACAUCCUCUCCAGCAGUGACGACAUGACGAUCAAGCUGUGGGAUUGGGACAGGAAGUGGACGUGUAGUCAGGUGUUUGAGGGACACACCCACUACGUCAUGCAGGUCGUCUUCAACCCCAAAGACAACAACCAGUUUGCCAGCGGCUCCCUGGACAGGACCAUUAAGGUGUGGCAGUUAGGGUCCAAAGCUCCUAACUUCACCCUGGAGGGCCACGAGAAAGGGGUCAACUGUAUUGACUACUACAGUGGAGGGGACAAGCCCUACCUCAUCUCAGGGGCCGACGACCGGCUGGUCAAGAUCUGGGACUAUCAGAACAAGACGUGCGUCCAAACCUUGGAGGGCCAUGCUCAGAACGUGACCUGCGUCCACUUCCACCCUGAUCUGCCAAUCAUCCUGACAGGCUCGGAGGACGGCACCGUCCGGGUCUGGCACUCCAGCACCUACCGACUGGAGAACACGCUGAACUACGGCAUGGAGCGGUCCUGGUGUGUGACGGGCCAGCGGGGCUCCAACAGCGUGGCUCUGGGCUACGAUGAAGGCAGCAUCAUCAUCAAGAUGGGCCGCGAGGAGCCGGCCAUCUCCAUGGACGCCAGCGGCAAGAUCAUGUGGGCACGGCACUCUGAGGUGCAGCAGGCCAACCUGAAGGCCAUGGGAGAUGCGGAGGUCAGUGAUGGGGAAAGGCUGUCGCUGGCAGUCAAAGACAUGGGCAGCUGCGAGAUCUACCCCCAGAUGCUCCAGCACAGCCCCAACGGGAGGUUCGUAGUGGUGUGUGGAGACGGAGAGUACAUCAUCUACACCGCCAUGGCCCUGAGGAACAAGAGCUUUGGCCCCGCCCACGAGUUUGUCUGGGCCCAUGACUCUUCUGAGUAUGCUAUAAGAGAAAGCAACAAUCUCAUCAGAAUCUUCAAAAACUUUAAGGAGAAGAAGAACUUCAAACCAGAUUUCGGGGCUGAGGGUAUCUAUGGAGGGUUCUUGCUGGGGGUGAGGUCCGUCAGCGGCCUUGCCUUCUUUGACUGGGACAGCGCUGAACUCGUCCAUCGCAUCGAGAUCCAACCCAAACACAUCGUGUGGUCCGACAGCGGGGAGCUGCUGUGCAUCGCCACCGAAGAGUCGUUCUUCGUGCUGCGCUAUCUGGCCGAGAAGGCGUCGGCCGCCCUGGAGUCCAGGCAGGGGCUGACCGAGGACGGCGUGGAGGACGCCUUCGAGGUGCUGGGGGAGAUCCAGGAGGUGGUGAAGACGGGGACCUGGGUGGGAGACUGCUUCAUCUACACCAACUCUGUCAACCGGCUCAACUACUACGUGGGCGGGGAGAUCGUCACGGUCGCUCACCUGGACAGGAUGAUGUACCUGCUGGGCUAUAUCCCCAAGGACAACCGUCUGUAUCUGGGGGACAAGGACCUGACGGUGAUCAGCUAUUCGCUGCUGGUGUCUGUGCUGGAGUACCAGACGGCUGUGAUGAGGAGGGACUUCAGCAUGGCUGACCGGGUGCUGCCCGCUAUCCCCAAGGAGCAGAGGAUCAGGGUGGCCCACUUCCUGGAGAAACAGGGCUUCAGGCAGCAGGCCUUGGCGGUAUCCACUGAUCCGGAACACAGGUUCGAGCUGGCCCUGCAGCUGGGAGAGAUGACGAUAGCUCACCAACUGGCCACAGAGGCAGAGUCGGAGCAGAAGUGGAAACAGUUGGCGGAGCUGGCGACUGCCAAGUCCCAGUUUGGCUUGGCCCAGGAGUGCCUCCACCACGCCCAAGACUUCGGGGGGCUGCUGCUGCUGGCCACCGCCUCUGGAAACUCGGACAUGGUUGGCAAGCUGGCCAAGGGAGCAGAGGAGAAGGGCCUGACCAACGUGGCUUUCCUCACCUUUUUCCUGCAGGGGAAAUUGGAGAAAUGCCUGGAUCUCCUCGUCAAAACCAAGCGCCUGCCAGAGGCUGCGUUCCUGGCCAGAACAUAUUUGCCUAGCCACGUACCAAGGGUUGUGAAGCUGUGGAAGGAGAGUCUGGCCAAGGUGAACCAGAAGGCGGCAGACGCGCUGGCCGACCCCACCCAGUACAGCAACCUGUUCCCGGGCCUCCAGCAGGCCCUGCUGGCCGAGCAGUUCCUGGAAGAGACCCACGUCGGAGCCAGGCCUGCAGCCGACUACCCGCUCAUCAUGCCCAAUGAGGACCGCGCUGUUCUGGAGGAGUCUGCAGGGUAUGUGCCAUCAGGAGCGGCUGCUGCACCAGAGGAAUUAAUGGAGUGUGUAGAUGAUCGGCCCAUGGCAGCAGCUGAGAUGGCGGAGGAGGUACAGGGGGAGGAGCCUUUGGUCGACAUUGUUGUACCAGUGGCAGAGCCCACCCCAGAAGUAACAGAAGAGCUUGUCGAGAUAGUUCAGUCCACAACAGUGGAACAUGCCUUGCCCUCAGUUGAGACCGGCAUGCAGGAGAUGUCUCUGGUAGCUGAGGAAUCACAUGCUUUAGAAGCCACAACAACAGUGUUGGAGUCUGAGACAGCUGUGCUAGUUUCUCAUACCUCAGAAACCAUCGUCACCUCCGAGACGGUGGUAGCAACGGAAACCAUUGAAACCGUAGUCGAGACCUCAGAGGAUUCCUCUGAGAAACUCUCAAUGGACUUCAUAGCAACCGAAGUCCCGGCAACCGCGGCCGUAGCAAGAGACACAGCGCCUGCAAAAGAGGAAGCACCCAAAUCAGAUCUCCUCAGUUUUGAUUCAGCCCCGCCAUCGGCUGAAGUGGAGGAACUUGUAGAUUUAGGCGGAUCCUGCGAUCCGGAGUUGGAUGUGCCUGUUCCAGAACAAAUCCUCCAGGAGUCGUUGGAGUCGUCAGUAUCAAAGCAGCCAGAUGCUGCCCUAGAUGCAGUUCUUGCAGACCCGCUGGUGAAAGCAGAAGCCACAACUUGUCAAGCAGCAGCCCCCGCUGAGACGGAGCUCGUGAAGGAGGAGGUUUCAGAAGAAGCUGAGGACCAGGAAAUGGAGAUGAGUGAUGAGGGCAUGGAGGAUCUGGAUUUGGACAACUUUGACCUGGAUGACAUGGAGAACGAAGACCUCAACUUGGAUGACGACUUCCUGAAUGAAUAGCAGUAUGCUGUGUAAUGUAUGUGUGGGGGGGCGGUGUGUUAGACCAAAAAAGGGGAUUCUAUGUUAAACUUGGUUGAACAUAAAAUGUUUCAAUGUAAUUCCAGUCUCAUCGACCAAAUUAGCUUCUUGUUCAUUUUCUUGUCCAGUUUAAAUAAACCUUCAUAGCUUCAACGACAUGGGGGCCGAUCUGGGUCUUCAACACUAAUUACGAAUCACUUGGAGAGAACCAGUUUGUUAUUCAGGGUAGGGAUGGGAUGUUUGAAUUCUUUCUUUGUUGACCAAAGUUGUAUUCCCUAGGGUGUAAUAUUUUGUACAUUUCAGAUUGACGAGUGGAAUAAAUCCACCUCUCAGCUUAAUCACCAACGAGCUGCAUGCUAGGUUUUCUACUGUCACCUUGACUAAAGAGUCCACCAUAUUACUUUGUAAUAAUUACUUUGUAAUAAAUUACAUGAUGCUGCAUUUUGUUUCUUCCUCUCACUGCUAUACACUUUAAUUAUCACAAGUGCCUUCAUUUGAAGUUGAAUGUGAAAAUGACAAUAAAUGUCUGCAAACAUCCAUGUGAAGUUAUUAGACAAAAACAACUGAUACACCCAUGUAUAAAUACAUGUUUUUUUAUUGUUAUGUACAUCAGCAAGAUUCUUUCCAUGGAUGAGUUAAGCUGUUAUGUUUUAAAAAAAAAAAAGACGCAUACGGGACAUCCAACUACGUUGGCUCUCAUUAGAUUAGGAGUGUCCCAAUCAAACACAAGGCGAGUCUGGCACUACCAAGGACGGGCCACAUACGCUACGGGCCUGUGUGUGUGGUUACAGUUAUUGACAAGGGAGGGGGUGUAUCCUUCAAACAUGCUCCAGGGAAACUGCUGAGCUUUCUUGGUUCUGUCCGUGGGCCUGGAGGGCCAACUCGAUGUAGCCCGACCUCUGGGACUCCUUCUGAGCAAAAAUCUGGAAAGAAGGAGGAGUCGAAAGGUCAGGGCCACUGCAGUACGGAGGGGAUGGAUCACAGUUCAACCAUUUAGUCAUGCCGGCGGUGCAGAUGUGCUUCAAAAACACACUGUGCCAAAAAGCCCAUUGGAGUUAAGGAAAGAAUGGACCGUGACUCCAGAGAGGCCACGGUGGUAAUGGAGCGUGUGUACGCAUGCCUUCACUGUGGAUCUUUCUUCAUAGCCAAGUCAAGUUGUCAGGUCUAAUAGGACGUGACGUGUCCCGGGUCUGGCCCCGGGGUUCCCACGUUAGAGUAGAGCCCUCUACGUCGUCCCAGGGAGAACCUGGGACAGCAUCUCUUUGACCCAUCCUCUACAGAGACCAUGGAUCAUGUUCUCCUCGCUACUUGUGAACUCAAAGUAAUUUUGCAAUUCCUGGAUGAAAAGUUCCAAGGUUCCCCCAUCACUUAAGAACCUGCAUUCAAGCCGGGCUUCUACAUAAUAGUUUUUUCUUCUUCCAACUGUAUUUUUACGUAGCUUUUCUCACAUUAAGAACAGUAGCAAUAAGAAGCCAGCA